UGUCCCCCGUAGGCGACAUGAAAUCCCCGGGUCCAGGCCGGGCCAUGAACGAUGGCGAGGACAGCACGGACAGCACGCCCCUCCUGCGGGGCGCCCCGCGGGCCGAAGCCGCCUCUGAGGAUACUCAUCAAGCUCCAGUGUGCUGCUCUGCUCGUUACAAUUUAGCAAUUUUGGCCUUUUUUGGUUUCUUCGUUCUCUAUGCAUUACGAGUGAAUCUGAGUGUUGCAUUAGUGGAUAUGGUAGAUUCAAAUACAACUUCAGAAGAUAAUAGAACUUCUAAGGAGUGUGCAGAGCAUUCUACCCCCAUAAAAGUUCUUCGUAAUCAAACAGAUAAAAGGUACCAAUGGGAUGCAGAAACUCAAGGAUGGAUUCUCGGUUCUUUUUUUUAUGGCUACAUCAUCACACAGAUUCCUGGAGGAUAUAUUGCCAGCAAAGUAGGGGGGAAACUGCUGCUAGGAUUUGGGGUCCUCGGCACCGCUAUCUUCACCCUGUUCACUCCCCUUGCUGCAGAUUUAGGAGUUGGACCUCUCAUUGUACUCAGAGCACUAGAAGGACUAGGAGAGGGAGUUACAUUUCCAGCCAUGCAUGCCAUGUGGUCUACCUGGGCUCCCCCUCUUGAAAGAAGCAAGCUUCUUAGCAUUUCAUAUGCAGGAGCACAGCUUGGGACAGUAAUUUCUCUUCCUCUUUCUGGAAUAAUUUGCUACUAUAUGAAUUGGACUUAUGUCUUCUACUUUUUUGGUACGGUUGGAAUAUUUUGGUUUAUUUUAUGGAUCUGGUUAGUUAGUGAUACACCAGAAACUCACAAGAGAAUCUCCCAUUAUGAGAAGGAAUACAUUCUUUCAUCAUUAAAAAAUCAGCUUUCUUCACAGAAGUCAGUGCCUUGGAUACCCAUGUUAAAAUCACUACCACUUUGGGCUAUUGUAGUUGCACAUUUUUCUUACAACUGGACUUUUUACACUUUAUUGACAUUAUUGCCUACUUAUAUGAAGGAGAUCUUAAGGUUUAAUGUUCAAGAGAAUGGGUUUUUAUCUGCGGUUCCUUAUUUUGGCAGUUGGUUAUGUAUGAUCCUGUCUGGUCAAGCUGCCGACAAUUUAAGGGCAAAAUGGAACUUUUCAACUAUAUGGGUUCGAAGAGUUUUUAGCCUUAUAGGAAUGAUUGGACCUGCAGUAUUCCUGGUAGCUGCUGGAUUUAUAGGCUGUGAUUAUUCUUUGGCUGUUGCAUUCCUAACCAUAUCAACAACACUGGGAGGCUUUUGCUCUUCUGGAUUUAGCAUCAACCAUUUGGAUAUUGCUCCUUCGUAUGCUGGUAUACUCCUGGGCAUCACAAAUACAUUUGCCACUAUUCCAGGAAUGGUUGGGCCUGUCAUUGCUAAAAGUCUUACCCCUGACAACACUGUUAGAGAAUGGCAAACUGUCUUCUGUAUCGCUGCUGCUAUUAAUGUGUUUGGCGCCAUGUUCUUUACACUAUUUGCCAAAGGCGAAGUGCAAAACUGGGCUCUCAGUGAACACCACAGACACAGAAACUAAAGGAGCCAGUAAAUAACCCUGUCUGUAUUAAUGUAUUUUUAUA